UUAAUCGGUUUGUUGCAGGUGAGACGUGUCUCACCUGUGAUUGGCGGCCUAAAAAGAGUUAAAAGGAUGUUACCCUCUUAGCCUCUAUUUGCAAUCAUCAUUUGAAACGAUUCAUGGUCUAACAGUGAAGACAUCUGUUUGAAAUAUAAUUAUGAUGAAUUAUAUGCCUGGGACUGCGAGCCUCAUUGAGGAAAUUGAUGAAAAACACCUGGUCCUUCUCCGUGAUGGAAGAACAUUGAUUGGAUUCCUUAGAAGCAUAGAUCAGUUCGCCAAUCUAGUUCUGGAUGAAACUGUGGAACGUAUCCAUGUUGGCAAGAAGUAUGGGGACAUUCCCAGAGGAAUAUUCGUUAUCAGAGGGGAAAAUGUCGUCCUGCUUGGAGAAAUUGACCUGAUCAAGGAAUGUAAAAGAGUGCUGCGGCCAGUGUCCAUUGAGGAGAUCUUGGAGGACCAGAGAUGCCAGCAGCAAGCAAAGCAAGAAGCAGAAAAGACGAAGCUCCAGGUCCUGAAGGAGCGGGGCCUGUUUGUUCCCAGAGCAGACACACUGGAUGAAUACUGAGCAAUUUGUCGUGUUAUUGAUUAUUAGCACAACUACUCAUUAUUUUGUCAUCUUGAUUUUGUAAUCCUGAAUUUGACCUUUAAGAGGUCAUAGCUUCUGGGGUUAGAUGGGGUAAUAAAAGACAAACUCUUAUCUCACCCAACAAGUAA